CCUCAUAUUUGGGCUUUUCCUCUCCAUGUACCUGAUCACUGUGUUUGGGAACCUGCUCAUCAUCCUGGCGGUCAGCUCUGACUCCCACCUCCACACCCCCAUGUACUUCUUCCUGGCCAACCUGUCCUUUGUAGACAUCUGCUUCACGUCCACCACCGUCCCAAAGAUGCUUUGGAACAUCCAGACACAGAACAAACACAUAACCUAUGAGAACUGCAUCACACAGAUGUAUUUUUUCCUACUCUUUGCAGGAUUAGACAUCUUUCUUCUGACAGUGAUGGCCUAUGACCGCUUUGUGGCCAUCUGUCACCCCCUACACUACAUGGUCAUCAUGAAUCCCUGGCUCUGUGGACUGCUGGUUCUGGCGUCCUGGCUCUCGGUUGUCUCCUUAUUUUAUUGUACGAGCCUAGGAGUGUACCUCAGCUCUGCUGCUACCCAGAGCUCACUCUCAAGUGCCACAGCCUCUGUGAUGUACACGGUGGUCACGCCCAUGCUGAACCCCUUCAUCUACAGCCUGAGGAACAGAGAUAUAAAGAGGGCUCUGAAAAGAAUCGUUGGCGUUCCAGCAAUGCAUGGGAGAAUCGUCCUGAGGCUAAAGACGUGCCCAUGA